AUGUCGCGAGAUGAGCGGGCGUCGACACCUUCCCGACUGUCCGCUUCUGGGUCAAGAGCCUCGCGCCUGUCUCCACACCGACUUAGUUUCCGCGGCGCGGGAGCAAGAGACGAACAUCCCUACCUCCUGGACUUGGAUUUGCCGUCGGUCGACAUUGAUCUUUCCUCCGUCGAGCUCGGCAUCCUGGAACGGUCCACCAGCCGGGAGGGUGGCGAUAAGCGCGUCUUUACUGGUAAUGAUCAUGGCGAGGAGACGGCGAACCCGUCCGUCAAGACUAGCAAGGAAAGCAAAGAAAGUAAAGAGAGCGACCUGUCCUCUGCGCAAACCCGAGUCUUCGGCGCGGAGGACGAGAGUGACGCCGACCAUGAAGUCGACAGCUUCCCGACCGGGUUGCGCUUCGCGGUGAUAGUGCUCGCUCUCAUGCUGAGCCUCUUCUUGAUGGCGCUGGAUCUGACAAUUGUUGCCGCUGCAAUACCGCAGAUCACCGACGAAUGGGGCAUCAGGGAUGUCUCGUGGUAUUCUUCAGCCUUCUUCAUGACGGUUGCUGGUUUCCAGUCCUGCUGGGGCAAGGCAUAUAAGUACUGGCCGCUGAAGCCAACCUUUAUCGUCAGUCUCUGCCUCAUAUCUGGUGUUGCCCCGACAUCAGCGGCCAUGGUAGUCGGGCGGGCCGUCGCGGGUGUGGGAGCCGCAGGCCUGUCCACCGGAUGUUUUACCAUCAUCGGCUUUGCCACCCCGCCAGAGAAACGUCCGAUGUUUACCGGCAUAUUAGGUGCCUCCUACGCCAUCGCCAGCGUUGUCGGGCCGCUGCUCGGAGGAGUCCUGACAGAUCGCCUGUCGUGGAGAUGGUGUUUCUAUAUCAACCUCCCCGUCGGUGGCGUGUCGUGGGUCAUCAUAUUCUUUUUCUUCACCGCCCCUGCUGGUGCCAAACCGCAGCAGGCGAAGCUGGUCGAGAAGCUUCUUCAACUGGACCCUGCUGGCGUCGCCAUGGUCAUGGGUGCCGUAACCUCCUACACCCUGGCUCUGCAGGACGGAGGGCUGACCAAGCCCUGGGACGACCGGGACGUCAUUGGGCUCCUCGUCGGCUUCGUUGCCAUCGCAAUUGCCUUCGCGCUGUGGGAGUGGUUUCAAGGAGAGCGGGCCAUGAUGGUCCCGCGGAUACUACUACGGCGCGAUGUCCUUGUGCCGUCGGUCGUCAUAUUCUUCUUUGCCGGCAGCUACUUCAUCCUCGUCUACUACAUGUCGUAUUACUUCCAGGCCAUCGACGGCGUCAGCGCUACAGAAUCGGGCGUGCGAACCCUGCCGCGUAUUCUGGCCGGCAGUCCGACCUCCGUCGUCUUUGGGGCACUGAUGUCCAGGACCGGGAUCGCAACGCCAUUUAUGCUCGCCGCCAGCUGCUUGUCUACUGUUGGAGCCGGCCUCAUCUACACGCUCGACAUCGGCACUGGGUCGCCCAAGUGGAUCGGCUACCAAGUCCUGGCCGGCGUGGGCUACGGGAUGGGACUCCAGAUCCCAAUGAUCAUGGGCCAGGCUAGAGCUGACCCGGCAGAUAUGGCCUCGACCACGGCCACGCUUCUAUUCUUCCAGACUAUUGGCGGCUCCUUCAUGGUCAGCGCAGCACAGUCGGGCUUCGUUGGCAUCAUGAGCGGUAGACUCGUCACAUCAGCACCCAACCUACCGGUAGCCCAGGUCAUGGCGACCGGGGCGACCGAACUUCGAAAGGUGUUUCCAGAUGAUAUUCAGGGGGUGCUUGUUGCAUAUAUGGCGGGACUGAGGGUUGCCUUUGGAAUGGCUAUUGCAUCAAUUGGGCUGGCGGCGGUGUUGUGCUCGUUCUUGUCAUGGGAGAAGCUGGAUGUAGACAGGAUCAACAAUGAAAGCGGUGCUACGUAA